GUAAUUUAUUUUACUAUGUUCCUUAUGUCUCUUGGUUUCAGUAUUAUACUCACAGGUGUAUGGCCAUAUCUUGAUAAGUUGGACAAAAAAGCUGGUAAAGAAUUCAUGGGAUAUGUAAUUGCUGCUAAUCCUUUGGCACAAAUGUUAUUUUCACCUCUAGUGGGAUGGUGGGGAGAUAAAAGGGGAUCUAUAAGAAUACCACUUUUAUCAACAUUAGCUCUUUUUACAUUUGCUUCAGGAAUGUAUAGUGUUCUUGAAAUUGUACCAGGUGAUCGAAAAAUAUACAUGGUAGCUGCUAGAUUCUUGGUUGGCAUUAGUUCUGCUAAUAUUGCUAUAGCACGAUCUUAUCUCUCAGCAGCUACAAAAGUUGUAGAAAGAACACAUGCUGUUUCUAUGGUAUCUCUCGCUCAGGUGCUAGGAUUUGUGGUGGGUCCUGGUUUACAAUCUGUAGUUACACCUCUUGGAGAGAAUGGUGUAUAUUUUAUAAAUUUACCUGUUAAUAUGUAUACUAUGCCUGGUUGGAUAAAUGUUAUAUUGGGAAUUCUUAAUUUUAUUUUAUUCCUGCCAUGGAAUUUCACAGAGCACAGGAUUGCUAUUCGUGAAGCUAUGCAAAGUGAGGGAAAAGCAACAGAGGAAGAAACACUGAAGUCUAUAAAACCUGACAAUCUAGCAGCUUGGACAUUAAUUUGUGCCUUUGCUGUCUUAGUAUUUAAUUUUGUACUCAUUGAAACACUUGGCACCUCUUUAACUAUGGAACAAUUUGCAUGGUCGAAAGCAGAAGCUUUAUACUACAUGGGUAUAUUAAUGAGUACUGGAGGUGUUGUGUCUUGCAUUACAUUUUGUAUGAUUGAACCUUUAUGUAAAAGAUUUAACGAACGUACUGUAAUGUUGUGGGGUGGAUUUCUAUUCAUGGUAAUAGGGCGGAUAUUAUGUAUCCCAUGGGGACCAGAUCCUCCAAAAAUUGCCUAUGUUGAAUCAUUAGACAAUGUUACAAAUGACUUGAAUGGUACAGAAAUCUUAGGAUGUCCAAGUACUCAAGAAUGGUGUUUCUAUACACCACAACUCACGGUCGUACAGUUUUUCAUUGGGUUCGGAUUUACUGCUAUAGGUUACCCCUUAGGAGUUACUUUAAUACAAACUAUUUUUAGUAAAGUAUUAGGACCUCAACCACAAGGUGUUUGGAUGGGCUUAAUAGUAGGUGCUGGAUGUGCGUCUCGUGUAUUAGGUCCAGUAUUUGUUAGUGUAAUUUAUACUCGUUUCGGAACAUAUCAUACGUUUGGUAUUACUGGUUUAACAUUAAUAGUAUCUAUGAUAUGGUUGCAAAUUGUGAAUAAACGAUUAGUUCCGCUAGGAGGAAGUGCUCUAAAAAAUGAAGAAAAACCUGAUACAGAAAUUCCAUUGGUUCAUCUUAAAUCUAAUGACGUUCGAGAAAUAAAUGAUGCAUAA